AUGAAUGGUAAAACAAGAUCAUGCAUCGAAAAAUAUUCCUUUCCUUUUUUGCAAAAGCGGUCAGGCAUAUUAUGCAAGCACUUGGUGGAGUGUAGUAAUCCGUUCAUCGCAUUCGAUCAUAUAAAAGUUCAACGAAAUGAGUCAACAAGCUUGCACUCGCAUAUCGGUGUUCAACUCAUUACCUACUUGGUGGAUGGGGUUUUUAAAACUCCCGUUUCUUCAUGGAACUCUCCUACACUAGAGUUUACUAAGUUUGAGUCUGAAUGUCGUCAUAUGGAAACAUUUGUUAGUGAUGUUAAUCACAGUUCAGCAGAAUUAUUUAAAGUUUGGAUCCACUGCAAGCCUUCUGUAUCAAUGGAUUAUUCACACCAUGGUUCUCAACUAUAUACAUCAGAUGAUUUUACCGUAGUACGAGAAGAGGACAAUAGCGCUGAGCUGCGCAUACUUUCAGGUUCAGUCUCAGGUGUAUCUGGACCUAUUGAGACUGAUCCACCAAUUUGUUUCUUUGAUCUCUACCUUCAACAUUCAUCGUCCCAGUGUACUACUUAUUGCUUACCAUUGUCUGAAGAGUAUGAAACAGCCUUUGUCUACAUCUGGAAUUCAUCGGACAGGAAGAAUUCUGUUCUAAGUAUUGUUUCAGAUGUACCCAACGAAUCAACUUCAUUAGCUAUGCAUGAAAUUGCUGUUCUAAAUUGUGUUGGAAAUCUCGUGAAAAUUAAAUUGCACAAUAACGCCAAUUUUUGUCGUGUAAUCAUUUUAGCUGGAAGACGAAUCGAGUUACCUAAAUCGUCCAGUUUUGCAGAAAACGCUUUUGAUACAAUAAUUACAAAGUUGUUGCCAGCUAUUCCAAGAAUAUUUAGCGGUCUUUCUUUGGUUGGAAUAGUAUUUGGCUUAUAUCAUUACCUCUGUGGGACGCGUUCACCCUUUUUUGUACAGUAUAGUUUACUCUAUGGCAAAGUAAAACCUGCAUAUUGUGAAGCAUUCGAGUCUUUAAGAGUUCCUAAAAGGUGGUUUAAAUACUUUUACGUCACCGGUGUAUGUUUUACUUGUUGUGCCCUACUAAUUGAACUUUUUGUGAUAUCCUCUCAUAAAACUAUUGUCUGUGUGUUAACCCUAUACUUAAUACAUGUUUCACGUCGAUUGUAUGAAUGUACACAUGUUUCUAUAUUCAGUAAUUCUCUAAUGAGUUUUAUGCAAUUCUUGGUUGGAAUCGCCUUCUAUAUCGCUGCUCCUAUAGGAAUUUCACUUUCACGAAGUCAUGCAGUUGAACGAUCAAAUUUGGUCAUUGUAUUAUUCAGUCUACACAUACUGAUACUUCAGUUUUUACAAGAUUUGGUCCUCCAGCAAUUGGCUGCUUUGCGUACAAAUAAAAAUGAAAACACAGAGAAGGUAAUUGAAAAAAAGUAUUAUCCACCCGAAGGGAGUAUGUUUCAUUGGGUAUCAUGUCCGCAUUAUCUACUAGAAAUAUCUCUUUAUUUGUCAUGGCAAGUUUUUCUUACAUCAAAGUGGAUACCAUUUUCACAUAUUUUAUUUUUUACAACAUUCAGUCAAUUAUUUUCUAUUUGGGCUAAUCAUAACUGGUUGAAAAAGAAUUUUCCCGAAUGGACAUCAAAACGUGCUAUGCUGAUCCCAUAUGUUUUGUGA